AUGAAUAAGAAAGGUUAUGCAAUGCCAAAUGUAAUCGUACAUUUUCCGCCCAAAAUUACACCUAGUGAACUUAUCCAGAAAGCAAUUUCAAAAUAUAAGCAUAACGGGAAAAUCUCACGAACGCCUAAUGCUUUUAUUACUUAUCGUAUGGCGUUCUGCAAAGAACUUCACUUGAUCAGACAUCCGGUAAUCACACAACCACAACUUUCCGCAUUAAUCCGAGAGUCUUGGAAGAAAGAGCCCGAACACAUACGAAGAGAAUAUUAUCGCAUUGCGAAAGAAGCUAAAGAUCUUUUUACCCAAACAUGCAUGGGACGAAAUUGGCAUUUAGGCGCGAAUCCUUAUUCUGAAAAUAGCAUCGAGCACCAAGACAAAAACAAUACCGUCCAACAAUUUUUGGAAAAUGAUUUCUACCAGGGUGCAUCUUUCGAUCAAAAUUUGCAAGCCAACAUUUCCACACAAUGGUUCGAUGAACGUUCCAUAGAUGCAGCAACACACAGUCCUUUUCCGUUAGAGAAGAAUACGUUAAUGCCAUAUCCUUCUUCGUUUUCAUAUGAGUACAAUCCAAUAAAUGAAAGUUCAUUCCUUAACAACAUAAAUUUCCAUACUUCUAUAGAGCAUUCAUCAUCAACCGUCUAUAGCGAUUCAAAAAAUAGUAAUAUAGAUAAAGUUUGUGAUUGUGGAUGUCCCUCCUGUAAAGAUAGAAUACGAUAUUUAGAAAAUCACGUAGCGGAACUACAGGAAAUUCUAGAUAACUCCAGAAAUUUUGUUGCGUAUAAUAAUACGUAG